AUGUCGACGACACCGCAUGCGCUUUGCCCUCGGCUUGUGCUCGGAACCAUGGCCAUGGGCGGACAGGCUGACCAGGACGAGUCAGCAAGCAUGGUAGCGGCGUUUGCGGAGGCCGGCGGAACCGAGGUCGACACCGCCAUCAUGUACAACAUGGGCAAGACGCACGAGGUGCUUGCGCCGAUUGUGGCCAGCCAUCCGGGGCUCAAGGUGGCGACCAAGGUCAACCCGUGGUACACCAACUACGAGACCUUUGCCCCGCGCGGCGGCCUUGCUGCCGAUCAGGUCGAGGCCCAGGCAAGCGCCUCGCUCGCCGCCCUCGGCAUGCCGGCGGUAGACAUCCUGUAUCUGCACGCGCCGGACCAGACGACCCCGAUCGAGGAGACGCUGCAGGCCAUGGACAAGCUGCACAAGGCUGGUGUCUUCUCCGAGUUUGGCCUCUCCAACUAUGCUGCCUGGGAGGUGGUCCGCAUCGUGGGCCUCUGCGAGGCUGCCGGCUACGUCAAGCCGACCGUGUACCAGGGCAUGUACAACGCGUUUACCCGCGGGGUCGAGGCCGAGCUCCUUCCGGCUAUCCGCGCCUGUGGCAUGCGGUUUUACGCGUACAACAUCACCGCCGGCGGCCUCCUCACCGGCAAGCACACCAAGGACUCCGAUCCGACCGACGGCCGCUUCAACAAGGACACCCUCUGGGGCCGCGCCUACCGCCAGCGGUUCUUUAACGACACCAUGUUUUCGGCGCUCGAGGCGCUCAAGGCCGCCCUGGCCGCCCUCGACGGCGAGCCGAUCUCGCCGUACGCCGCUGUCAUCCGCUACCUCGCAUUCCACUCCAAGCUCACCCCCGACGACGGCCUAAUCCUCGGCGGCUCGUGCGCCAAGCACAUUGAGGUCAAUGCCGCCUCGCUCCGCGACGGCCCGCUCCCGCAGUCGAUCGUCGACGUCAUCGACAGCGCUGCCGAGGCCACCACCACCGUCUGCCCGCCGUACUUUCGGGGGCACUCGAACUGCGCCGCCGACGCUUGA